AUGGCGCGCCUUCUGUUGAAACCCUUUCUUGUGGGCGCCAACAUUUUGAUCCCUUUGGCGAUACUUAUCUUUGCGAGGGGAUUCUUUCCUUAUAAGCCGUUUAUCCCUGGUCUUGCGCAGUAUGAGAAACUAGAGUUUGAGAAGGUGCCCGAAGCACCCUUUGAUCGGCUCAUCUUUAUGGUUAUUGAUGCCUUGAGGAGCGAUUUUGUAUAUCUCGAGGAUUCUGGCUUCGAGUACACCCAAGAUCUAAUCCGAGAUGGAGCCGCAAUUCCUUUCACGGCAUUCGCAAGGUCACCUACCGUGACCAUGCCUAGGCUCAAGGCCAUCACGACCGGCUCAAUCCCGUCCUUCCUCGACGCCAUCCUCAACAUCGAUGAGGGCGACACGACGUCGAGUUUGGCGGCGCAGGAUACUUGGCUUGCGCAGAUGAAGGCUAAGGGAACUGGAAAACUGCUUCUCUACGGCGACGACACGUGGCUGAAGCUUUUCCCUGAGACCUUCGAUCGGCAUGAUGGGACGUCUAGCUUUUUCGUUGCUGACUACACCGAGGUUGACCAUAAUGUGACUCGGAAUAUUGCUGGCGAGCUUCAGAACCAGGAUUGGAAUACCAUGAUCCUCCAUUAUCUUGGUUUAGAUCAUAUUGGCCAUAAGUCCGGGCCCCGAAGCUCAAAUAUGUUCCCGAAACAACGCGAGAUGGAUGGUAUUGUUGAGCAACUGUAUACUGCUAUGAAAAGCCAAGAGCACCUUUCAUCCACGCUACUCGUCGUGUGCGGAGAUCACGGCAUGAACGAUGCCGGAAACCAUGGUGCAUCCUCUCCCGGAGAGACGUCUCCGGCCCUUCUCUUCAUUUCUCCGAAGCUGAGGUCCAUAUCCUCCCGUCCGCAGACACCCGUGCCUUUCAAAGAAGAUUUCAAGUACUACUCGACCGUCGAGCAAUCUGAUCUAGCUCCAACCCUCGCAGGAUUGCUCGGCUUUCCAGUACCUCAGAAUAACCUUGGUGCCUUUAUCCCGGACUUUUUGCCACUUUGGGAACACAAAUCUGACCAGGUCCAACUUCUGAUUCGCAAUGCGAGGCAAAUCCUCGGUGUUGCCGCCGCCGCCUUUGGGGAAGACUUGUUUGACCUCAACUCGGCAUCUAACCCUUGCGCUGACGUGCGGAAUGAUGCACAGAGGCUAGCCUGUCAAUGGCGUUCGAUAAACAUACAGCUUGCUUCUGCAUCAUCGCAUGAAGAACUAGGCUCCGAAUGGAUUCGUGAGGUGACGGAGUGGCUUCGAGACGCGCAAGAUCUCAUGAGCAACAUGGCCAGUAACUACGAUAUGGGCAACAUAUUCUUGGCGGAAGCGAUCAUUGUGGUGGCUUGCGUUCUCUCAACGCUAGCCUUGCUUUGGUCUGGUCGCCCUCAGAAACGGUCUCUAUUACCUUUCGCGUCAAUCACCCUCGCAUAUGGCAUUAUGAUGUUCGCCAGCAGUUACGUCGAGGAAGAGCACCACUUCUGGUACUGGGCGACUACAGCGUGGAUUGGUAUCCUGGUUGCUAAGUAUAGGAAGAGCCAUAGCGGUUUCGAAAACUGUAUUUGGUUCACCUUGGUCAUGACUGCCACGAGACUAGUCAGAGGCUGGAACCAGACAGGCCAGAAAUUCGCCGGCAACCCCGAUAUCGUGAAGACUUUCAUAGCCACCAACCCAAAGUUCCUCUGGCUCUUGGUGAUGAUCACGUACAUCUGGCUCCAAGCGCGACUGCUGCGCCGGCUUCCCCAGAUUAUGCCCACUUGGAUUGCCGUGCCGUUUGUGGUUGCCCUUGUGCUGACGGCAUUUAGCUUCAAGCUCGCCUUCACCCAUGAGGAUUCUCCCGAAUUGGUGGUUGAGCCCAUGUCUGACCUGUAUGCUGCCCUGCCGAACCUGUCGCUUAUCACUCGGGCUAGACUUGUCUUCUACCAAGUCUGGAUUAUGGCUGUGUACGCUCUUGUGAACAGUCUUCGAGGUGGCCCCCAGGCGAAGAUUGGCUUCGAGCUACUUCACCACCUAUACACCAUCAUAGCCCUCACCCAAUCCCGCGUAACCAACAUCCCCCUCUUCCUCCUCCACGCCCUCCAACUCCGCUUCCUCCAAUCCCGCCCCCUCUCCAUCCCCGACCUCACAAUCUCCUCCCUCCUCCUCCAACAUACGUCCUACUUCGCCUUCGGCGGCACAAACGCCAUGUCCUCCGUCGACCUCUCAAGCGCCUACAACGGUGUCAGCGGCUUCAACGUCGUGGCCGUCGGCGUUCUCACCUUCAUCAGCAACUGGGCGGCGCCCAUCUACUGGAGCUCUGCGACGACACAACUCCUCACUUGUUCGAGAGGCGGCGACUCCCCCAAGGAGGAGAAGACUUCUCAGAGAGAGGAAGAGAGUACCGACGCGUUCACGCGGCAUGUGACGUAUCUCACGGCGUUUGUGGCGUGGAGCGUCCUGUUCGUCAUGGUGGCUUGUACGGUGUUAAGGACGCAUUUGUUCAUUUGGACGGUGUUUUCGCCCAAGUAUUUGUGGGAAUUGAUCUUCGUUAUGGCGGAAAAAUCGUAA